AGCGUCGUGCGUGUUGUGCUUGUGAGAUGCGAUAAAGAAAACCUAUAAAAGUGUGAAAAAUGGACAGCGACCUGCAGCGCUUGAUAAUGCUUGUUUCGGAAAGAAAACCCAUAUGGGAUAAGUCAUUUAGACCGUACCGAAAUAAGCUGCUGGUUAGCAAAUAUUGGCGCCAGGUCGCGGACGAAUUCGGUGGCAAUGUAAAAGUUGUUGAUUUAAAGAAAAAGUGGAAAGGCCUUCGCGAUAAGUAUUUGAAGGAAUUGAAAAAAAUACCACCGCCGAAACGGGCGGAGCCUAACAUUGUGAUGUACUGCAAAUGGCCGUAUUUUGAAUCAAUGAUGUUUCUAAGAAAUUCAGUCAACCCACGAAAGGUUGUACUUUUCCCUUCGGAUGAGAAAGGUGACAAGAUGGAAGAUGAACCAUCUGUACCAACUAAAGCUGAAUACAAUACGAUUGAUAUAAUAGAUAUGCCAAGUGCAUACGAGGUUGACAGCAGUACGGAAGGAAGCUACUUUGAACCUCAGCUUAGUAUUAGCACUAGCAGCAGUUGUAAUAGAAGAAACGACCAACCACAUUCGACGCAACAGGAGCCCGCCCCCGCAUGUGAUGACGAGGAUGAACUGUUCUUUAAAAGCAUACUGCCACACGUUCGAAAACUGGAACCGGAACACAAGCUGGCUUUCCGCACGGAGGUGCAAACCCUCGUUCUGCAGUACGUGUAUCGGAAAAAUUCACAGUACCUUCAAACCUCCGGUUUCUCCACCAUCUGUGCGAGAAUGGACAUCGAUAUCGAACGUUUGAUUGCGCUCGUUUUUGCGCGGAGGCAAAUAUGGGAUAAGUCGGUCAAACACUACAGAAACAGAGAGCUGCUGGAAAAACAUUGGCAAGACAUUUCGAACGAACUGGGCUGUGCUAAACCAUAUCCAGUGAAAAAAAAGUGGAAAUCACUUCGGGACAGCUUUUACAAGGAACUAAAAAGCAUUCCACGGGAAGAGUGGCCGUAUUUGGAUGGUUCAGCCUAUGAAAUGUACGGCGCUUGGCCACAUUUUGCGUCUAUGCUUUUCUUGAGAAACUCGAUCAAACCACGAACGUCUUCUGGUGAUCCUUCGUAUGGUGACAUCGAACGAUUGGAAGAUAGUGACCACUGUGAGGAAUCUAAGCCGGUGAGGGUUUCGAGUUACGAUCAGGCAGAACUGGCCGAGCUGCCGGAGAUAGAUGACUACAUGGAGGACGAACACACGAGCGUAAGUGACGACGAGGAUGAAGCGUUUUUCAGAAGUUUGCUUCCGCACGUUCGUAAACUGGAACCGGAAGCUAAAUUAGCGUUUCGAAUCGAACUACAGAAUCUCGUUCAGCUGUACGUUUACGGGACGAAUACGUUGGACAAUCAAGAGCUGAAAUCCGAUGACUGA